AUGUCUAAAAAUCGUCUAAAAAACAAUACAUCUACAACAGAUGCAGUGACGCCAUCAGGACCAACAACAACAAAAACGGCAUCAUCAUCAUCUUCUUCUGGGACAAAGAACAAUUCCGUACCUCCUGUACCCACACUUAAAGUUGUAUUACUCGGAGAUCUGGGAGUUGGUAAAACAUGUUUAAGAUCACAAUUUGUACAUCAUGUGUUUACCAAUGCAUAUAAAGCUACAAUUGGUGGUGACUAUCUAACUACAACUGUAUUUCUACCGAAUGAUAACGAAAAUCAACAACAACAACAACAACAACAAAAUCAACCAGCAUCUUCUAGUAGUGAUGCUAAUAGUAAUACGAAUUCUACAGUUAAAGAACCAUUGAUUAAUAACACGAAAAAACCGAAAAUUACUAAAGUUAAUUUACAAAUUUGGGAUACUGCAGGUCAAGAACGAUUCAAUAGUAUUUCACAAGCAUUUUAUCGAGGAACAGAUGUGUGUGUGUUAGUUUACGAUAUCACCAAUUAUGAAUCAGUUUUGAGUAUAAGAGAUUGGUUUAGUCGAUUUAUGGAACAUUGUCAUGUUGAAUUUCCAGGUGUUGUCAUAAUAGGAAAUAAAGCUGAUAAAGUUAAUGAUAGAUGUGUUGAUUUAGACGAGAUCAAAGAAAUAGUUACAUCGAAUACAACCAUUGCUAACGUUGGUGAUUAUAUUGAAGAUUGGGAAAAUUGUUUGCGUGAAGUGACAGCAAAGAAAUUAGAAGUUGUCGAAGAUUUAUUUAAAGUGGUUGCAAAAGUUGGGGUAGAUUUAUUAUAUGGUGAAGAAGAAGAAGAAGGAAGUGAAUUGAAAAGAAGAAGACUACAGCAAUUUGAUAAUAUAGAUUUACGAGAGACUCAUCGUCGAUUGAAUGAUACAGACACAGGAAGUUCUUCUCGUUGUGCAUGUUAG